GUAUGCAGUGCGACACAAAAAAGAAAAGAAAAAACAACACCAACAAUAAUUUUGGGGCGUUCAUAGCCAUGGUUGUCAACUGUACCGCAGGUGUAGAAUGUAAAACACAGUGGAUAGAUGUUGUGAUGGCAGCUGUUGAGAAGUACUUGGGUGUACAAUAUUUUACUGCAGAGUUAUAAUGUGUUUUGAACGAUAAUAUCCUGUCCUCCCAGGCUGCUGGCCUGGUGUUGAAUCAGAGGGCCAAAGUAGUGGAAUAAUGACGUUUUAAUGGGUGUAGGGUUAGUUGGUUUUUCACAAAGGGCAAUGAAUUAAUACUACAGAAUAGUAGACUGAUACACAGCCAAUACACUUGCUGGAGGUAUGAACCUAUAACAAUUGUUUAUGGCGGACCGCCAUAAUACCAAAGAAGAAGAAGACCACUUCCUUCUCAACUGCUUCGAGGCUGCUCGGUGAAACGGAAGUAUAAGUACAUUGACAACUGCGGAGAUUGCAUUGCUGUUAAGUGCUGCAUGACAACUGCAGACUUCGGAUUGAACAUACUUUGGGUUUUACUGGUUCGCUGCACGGACAGCGCAGCGGUAAUCAGUCUGGUAUUUUAUAGGCUUCCCUUACUGGGCCUCAGACAAUUAAAACUAUCUGGACUCCCGAAGAGGACGUUGUUCCAACAGACUCGUAUAGAGUUAGACGAUAACAGACAGCAUGAUUCUUGGUGAAUAGGGUGUUGAACGUUUUAUUGACUUUAAUAGAUCAGGUCAAAUCUUAUCCAGGAUCUUUCUGAAGUUAGGUUAGCCUACAUCAGACAUUUUAUUGUCACAAAUUAAAUCUAGUUUUGAUAUUUAAAAGGACGUUUGAUGGCUCUGGUAUAGCUGUUCUUUAUCUGAACGCUGUAACAAAGAAAGUAACUAUAGUGGAGGCUAGCUACAGAUUUACUGUCACGUUUUUUUUAUUUGAAGAAAUGUUGAAGAAAAAAUAGCUUCAACGAUGGAUCGGGACAGAGCUAGUCCGUCCCCCUCCACCCUGCCGGAGUCCCCUGGUCACAAAUCUCCUGGUAGCUCCUUACUGCUGGGUCUCAAGAGGGUGUUUGUACGGCUGGUCGACUGCAGGAAAACAACAGGGCAGAGUGGAACUGUGAGAGAAGGACACGAGGAUGGAGAUUUGAUUUCAUCAAGGGACACCCCUAACCGUCAUUCUCUCAGUGGCAGGUGCUUAUCUUCUGGGCAUCCUCAACCACAUGUUGCUGACGAGACAGAGAAGAGUCUUUCCAGAUCAGAACAUCUCAAGAAACAUCAGCAGAGGUGUACAGGGAAGAAACAUCACCACUGCUGCUCUGACUGUGGGAAGAGUUUCACAAACCGGAGUGACUUCAUUAUUCACCAGCGGAUUCACACCGGAGAGAAACCGUACUGCUGCUCACAGUGUGGGAAGAGUUUCGCUGCUUCAAACACCUUAAAAUCUCACCUGAGAAUUCAUACAGGGGAGAAGCCUUACCCCUGCCUUGAUUGUGGGAAAAGAUUUUCAUAUUUGGGAGCCCUAAACAGACACAAGCUAUCACACACUGGAGUGAAGCCUUAUAGCUGUGAUCAAUGUGGGAAGAGCUAUACUGUAUCAGAUGCCCUAACUAUACACCAGUGCAUACACACAGGAGAGAAAUCUUAUAUCUGUGAUCAGUGUGGGAAGGGCUUCAGUCAAUCAGGGCCCCUAAAUUCACACCAGCGAACACACACUGGAGAGAAACUUUAUAGCUGUGAUCAGUGUGGGAAGAACUUUGCUCUAGCUUCCUCCCUGACUAGACACCAUCGAACACACACUGGAGAGAGACCUUAUGUCUGUCUAUGUGGGAAGAGCUUUGCUCUAGCUUCCACCCUGAAUACACACCAGCUAACACACACUGGAGAGAAGCCUUUUAGAUGUGAUAAGUGUGGGAAGAGCUUUGCUAUAGCUUCCUCCCUGACUAGACACCAUCGAACACACACUAGAGAGAAACCUUUUACCUGUGUUAAGUGUGGGAAGAGCUUCAGUCAAUCAGGAACACUAAAUUCACACCAGCGAACACACACUGGAGUGAAACCUUAUAGAUGUGCUCAGUGUGGCAAGAGCUUUGCUCAAUCAGUACACCUGAAUAUACACCAGAGACAACACACAGGAGAGAAACCUUUUAGCUGUGAUCAGUGUGGGAAGAGCUUUGCUGUGUCAGAAAAACUUACUAUACACCAGCGUAUACACACAGGAGAGAAGCCUUAUAGCUGUGAUCAGUGUGGGAAGAGCUUCAGUCAAUCAGGGACCCUAAAUUCACACCAGCGAACUCACACUGGAGAGAAACCCUAUGUUUGUCUAUGUAGGAAGCGCUUUGCUUAUGUAGGGCAAUUGAAAAAACACCAGAAAACAAAAACGUGCCGUAUUUCCUCUCCCUCCUAUCUGUCACCGGUUCCAGUACACUAAAUAAAGGACCAAUAGGAAAUAUCUAGUGAACAGUCAUAUCCAUCUCCCAUUCUUAAACAGUUGCCUCAGUCUGAUCACCAUGGUAACCUCUGUGCAGCAUAAUAUGCAGCUCUGAUCUAGCAUCAGGUUUCCCCUGUGUCUAUGUAAUAUCACACAUUGAUCUAAAUGGAUAAAUGUUAUCAUAGGAAAUGUUAUAGUGAACUUGUGAGGAUGUUGAUAAUUGUAUCUU